CAGCGUGAGUGUUUGGUGUGCUGAUGCUGAAACUUCCACAUGUUCAGUUUUGGAACCUGCCCUUUUACCUUGCUGACUGGCCUCUUCCGGUUGGAGACGUGGCUUAGAGGCGCUGCCAUAUUGAGCUGCGGAUAAGCAGUCGAGGGAGAAGAACCGCAGAUAUUUUCUCUAGUUUCCAGAGAAGUUGAGUAGAAUUUAAAAGAGACCGAGAACAUCGGACAUUUUAUAUCGUAAGCGAUCACACACACAGAAAAUGGUGCUGUUGGCAGCGGCGGUUUGCACCAAGGCUGGCAAGGCCAUCGUGUCGCGUCAGUUUGUGGAGAUGACGCGGACCCGGGUGGAGGGGCUGCUCGCCGCCUUCCCCAAGCUGAUGAACACGGGCAAGCAGCACACGUUUGUGGAGACGGAGAGCGUGCGCUACGUCUACCAGCCCCUGGAGAAGCUCUACAUGGUGCUCAUCACCACUAAAAACAGCAACAUCCUGGAGGACCUGGAAACGCUGCGUCUCUUCUCACGUGUGAUUCCCGAGUACUGUCGUGUGCUUGAGGAGAGCGAGAUCUCGGAGCACUGCUUCGACCUCAUCUUCGCCUUCGAUGAGAUCGUGGCGCUGGGCUACCGGGAGAGCGUCAACCUGGCACAGAUCCGCACCUUCACCGAGAUGGACUCGCACGAGGAGAAGGUGUUCCGCGCUGUCCGAGAGACUCAAGAACGUGAGGCCAAAGCAGAGAUGCGCAGGAAGGCCAAGGAGCUGCAGCAGGCCAGGCGGGACGCAGAACGCGCCGGAAAGAAAACGCCGGGCUUUGGUGGCUUCGGCAGCUCCGGCAUAAGCAGCGGGAACUCUUCCUCAGUCAUCCAGGACACCCUCAUCGAGCCAGAGAAGCCCAAGCCAGCCCCUGCCCCAGUCAGGCCCAGCGGUCCCAGUAAGGCCCUGAAGUUGGGCGCCAGAGGAAAGGAGGUGGACGACUUUGUGGACAAACUCAAAUCAGAGGGAGAGAACAUUAUCCUCCCCAGCACAGGGAAAAGAUCCUCAGAGGUGUCCAAAGCGCUGCCUGCUCCCAUCAACACAGAGAGUGUGCAUCUGAGAGUCGAGGAGAAGAUCACCCUAACGUGUGGACGUGACGGAGGCCUCCAGAACAUGGAGAUCCUGGGCAUGGUCACGCUCAGGGUGACCGAUGACAAGGGCGGCCGCAUCAGAAUAGUACUGAACAACAACGACAAGAAAGGCGUGCAGCUGCAGACUCAUCCCAACGUGGAUAAGAAACUCUUCACAUCGGAGGCCAUCAUUGGUCUGAAGAAUCCAGACAAGUCCUUCCCCCUGAACAGUGAUGUUGGCGUGCUGAAAUGGAGGCUACAAACAACAGACGAGGCUCUUAUACCACUAACAAUAAACUGCUGGCCUUCAGAAAGCGGCACUGGGUGUGAUGUCAACAUAGAGUACGAGCUGCAGGACGACGCGCUGGAACUCAACGAUGUGAUCAUCACCAUCCCCAUACCGUCUGGAGUGGGUGCCCCUGUGAUCGGAGACCUUGAUGGGGAGUAUCGGCACGACAGCCGACGGAACAUUCUGGAGUGGUGUCUGCCUGUGGUGGACAUGAAGAACAAGUCGGGCAGCCUUGAGUUCAGUAUAGCAGGCCAGCCAAACGACUUCUUCCCCGUCAGCGUGUCAUUCGUUUCUAAGACUAACUAUUGUGACAUACAGGUCUCCAAAGUGAAUCACGUGGACGGAGACACCCCAGUGAGGUUCUCCUCAGAAACCUCUUUUGUCGUCGACAAAUACGAGAUACUGUAAAGGAACGUCUGUGUAAAGAAAAAAAACAACCACCAUCAGAGGAAAAAAAAAAAAACAAGAUCAUUGGAUAUGGAAAUGUAUAAAAAGAAAAACAAAGCAGAAAGCUACAAAUCAGAAAAGGUUCAUACUGACCUGUUCCUUCAACGGCAGUCUAUUAACAGGACACCCUUUUCAAAAACAAAGCCCUUUUCACCUUGGUUUGCGAUAAUUGCUGUAUUUGUACCUUUAUAAGAGAGUGACAACACAAUUCUCCAAAGGGAUCUUUAAGUGUAUAAAAGACUGGCAGGGCUGUGCGGUGCGGUGGGAGGGGAGGGGAAAGGAGGAUGUUGAAGCGGUCACAGGUUCCGCUGUGGAGGGCCAAGAGGAGAUGGGAGGGGUCACCACCCACCUGACACUUCUCAAAACUAGAUCUCAACAACAGACUCACGGCUCGGGUGAGGGUUGGGGGGAGGGGCGCAUUGAACGAGUGUGUACGUUUUUUGCCUGUAAUGUGUUCAGCUUUUAGUAUGCACAUACAUACAUACAUACAUACACAUAUAUAUAUAUAUAUACACACACACGCACACAUGCACAAGCUGGUCUUCAAACCUGAAGUGACGACGAUGUCUCUUAAAACACUAGAUAAUAAUAAUCACUGGUACUCGGGCCAGGAAGUACUUUAUUAUUCCCCCUUGAGUGGAGUUUUGACUGAAACUUGGAAGGACCACGCUAUGUCCGAGACGGAACUGAGCUGAUCUCUCUCCACUUGUCUUGUCUUGUCUUCUCUCCGUCAUGUUACUGCCUUUUUGUUUUGAGUUCUGUAAUCAUUCAAGAAAAGUGUAUCUCUUCUCUUUUCAACCUCAGUUCUUGGCAUUGCUAUGUUCGCUGUCAUCAGAAACAGACACGUUGAUUCUCUGUCAUUGGUCAGAUUCUACUUGCGUCACCUUUGGACAUUGGACUGUUUUUUUUUCUUUCUCAUAGACAUACAUACAGGCACGUGGACGAUGCUUGCAGUGCAUUAUAUCCAGAGUAUCAUUUUGAGUGUUUGAGUGAACACUGAUGCAGAUCCACGGACUGAGUUGUUUUUGGCUGUUCAUCUGCCUAUCUCUCUGACCAGCCGGGAAUUGAUGCCACAGAGACCUAGCCAGCACGGCCAAGUUGUAUGUUGUGGAAUCGCCGUGGCCGACUGUAGUCAGUCCAAUCCACAUGACCCCCACCCUCGUGUCACGUACUGAUGCAUCAAGUGAGCAACAGCCCUUUGAAACAAGCUUUUAUCGACUGAGAUCUCUGCAGGCUCCUGUGACUCCUCCCACCUUCUCCCCCAUUGGUUAUCUGAAUGCACCCCACAAAAAAAAAAAAGAAUUCAUGUUGAAUGCCAGAUCUACUCAUGUCUCUCUGUUUAAAAAUGACCAAUGUUAUUAUUUUUUUUCAUUUUGUUUUGUUCUCUUUUUGCCUUGAUUCUCUAAAUAGUGUGAAAGAGGGAAUAGGUAUACAUGUUUGUUUUUUUUCUCUGUCUGUUUGUAUCAUCAGAGUUUUGUCUGAAUCACAUUGUUGGUGUGGGAGAUGGAAAUUAAAAAAUUUUGUAACCCUGUAAAAUAAUGAACUGAGGCAUAAUUACAAAUGACAUUCCAAUGUAAACUUAAAAGGAAAAACAAAAACAAAAUUAAAGUGUACAAAAGGCCCCAGUGAAACGA